AUGAGCUUUGCGGUGCGCUAUCAACUCAAGUUGCAUGCGAAGACUUUGCGGGAGGGUGAUGUGUUGAUGACCAAUUCCCCUCGGGCAGGAGGUAGUCAUUUGCCAGAUAUAACUAUCAUCACACCAGUCUUUUCACCAGAGGACAAGUCAAAGAUCAUCUUCUUUACCGCGUCGAGAGGCCACCAUGCCGAUAUUGGUGGCAUCCUUGCAGGCUCAAUGCCUCCGACGAGCGUCACAAUCUUCGACGAGGGAGCUCAGAUCGUCUCGUUCAAGAUUGUGGACAAUGGUACAUACAAGCGUGAAGAGUUGGUAGAUUACAUGUGUGAACGUCCCGCCCAGUAUCCCAACAGCUCUGGGUGCAGAAACUUCAAGGACGUUGAGAGUGAUUUAAAGGCUCAAAUUGCCGCAAACCACAAAGGUGUCGGGCUGAUUCAUGCUAUGAUCGAAGAGUAUGGGCUCCAGACGGUACAAGAAUACAUGAUCCACAUUAAGAACAACGCCGAGCAGUCUGUCCGUAGACUUCUCAAGGACGUCGUGAAGCGCCUUGGAACAAAUAAGCUAUCUGCAGUAGACUAUCUUGACGACGGCACGCCAAUAUGCUUAAAGGUGGCCAUCAACGAAAGUGACGGCUCGGCAGUGUUCGACUUUGAGGGGACUGGUCCCGAAGUCCGUGGAAAUCUCAAUGCCCCAAUAUCUGUUGUCCAUUCGGCCGUAAUCUACUGCUUGCGAUCGAUGCUCAACUCGGAUAUUCCACUCAACUCUGGGUGCCUAGUUCCCGUCACGGUCAAGAUUCCAGAAGACUCACUGCUCAGUCCAUCCGAUACUGCAGCUGUGUGCGCCGGUAAUGUCUUGACGAGCCAACGAAUCGUCGAUGUGAUCCUCAAAGCAUUCGAUGCCUGCGCUGCAAGUCAGGGAUGCACAAACAACCUCACGUUCGGAGCCGGGGGAAAAGAUAGCUCAGGCAAGGUCAAGCCUGGAUGGGGCUACUACGAAACGAUUGCGGGCGGCUCUGGUGCCGGACCAGACUGGCACGGCACGUCCGGUGUGCACACGCACAUUACCAACACCAGAAUAGGUGAUGUCGAAAUCUUGGAGAGGCGGUACCCAGUCUUGGUGAAACGCUUUGAGAUUCGAGACGGCAGCGGCGGAAAGGGAGAAUUCAACGGUGGCGAUGGCGUCGUGAGAGAGUUUGAGUUUUUGCACAAGCUGCAGGUCUCGAUUCUGAGCGAGAGACGUUCUAGACAGCCCUAUGGUCUCCACGGAGGUGAGCCGGGGAUGAGUGGCCGAAAUCUUUGGAUCAAACGACUCCGAGAAGAGGACGGUGAUCUUCCAGAACAAACACGCAAUCCAGCAGAAGGGGACUUGCCGCCAAAUAAACCACGCAAGAUCAAUAUCGGUGGCAAGGCGACAAUCUUAAUGGGAAAGGGAGACUCGCUCAUUAUCGAGACACCAGGUGGCGGAGGAUGGGGGUCACCACGAUGA